AAAAAAAAAAAAAAAAACUACAAAUCUCAAGAAUAGAUAUCUACCUCUAUACAAAUCUUUACUUCCUUACAAAUCUCAACAGUGUUCGUUCCUAUCGCAUCGAUCAAUCACAUACAUAAAAUGCCACGCCAUCGGUGCACAGUGUAUUCCGAGAGCGAUUACGACGACGACGACGACGACGAUAACGUAACGAUGAGGUGUCUUUCUUGCGAAGAUGAUUACGAUCCCGAUGACGCCGGUACCUGCAAAGAAUGCUACGACGAAGCUAACGAGACCGAAGAAGAACUCAAACGUGAGAUCCAAGACCUAAAAUCUAAAGUCUCAUUCCUCACUCUAUCUUCUCCGCUUGAUGCUCCUUCCACCACCGAUCUUGUUCUUCUUCCAUCUACCGAUGCUUUCUCUCCUUCCAUUCCCGCUCAUAAGGCCGUUCUUGUUAGUCGCUCUCCAGUUUUCAGAGCCAUGCUAGAGAAUGAUAUGGAGGAAAGUCGGAGUGGCACCAUCAAGAUUGCUGAUGUAUCGUACGAUUCUCUUCGUGCUUUUGUUAACUACUUAUACACUGCUGAAGCAUUCCUCGACAACCAAAUGGCCUGCAACCUAUUAGUUUUAGCAGAAAAGUAUCAGGUGAAGCAUCUUAAGGCAUAUUGUGAGAAGUAUUUGAUCUCCAAACUGAAUUGGGAGAAAGCUAUUGUGAACUUUGCCUUUGCACAUCAACACAAUGCCAACCAAUUGCAAGAUGCCGCCUUGGCAGUGAUCAUGGAGAAUAUGGACAACCUCACCAAAAAUGAAGAUUAUACAGAGUUAGUGGACAGUAAUCCUCGUCUUGUUGUGGAAAUAUAUGAAGCAUAUCUUUCUAAACAGGUUAAUACUGCAGCCACACUCGGGCAAUAGGAAUGCGGCAUAGGAAAUUAUUGUAGGCCAGCCCUAAGCUGGGCAGAACUUUAGUUUGGAUUAUAUUCUUAAUUGGUGAUUAGUCUGUGGUAGUAUUUUAAUUGUACAUUAUCAUAUACAACCACUACUACUACUACGGUUUAAUAUGCAUCUAGACCCGUUGCCUCUCUCGGGCGGGCAUGAUUUACCUUGUAGAUCACAUUUUGGUUUUUGGUAGACUGGUUGUGGGGUAUUACUAAUUUUAGUUAGUACAGUGACAAUUGGUGGAGAUCCGUUUUCUUUCCUCCUAAAUGUUGCAAUGCAACUGUUAAGAUGCUA